AUGUUUCACUCCGACGUCACGCUAUACGAGCUUCUGGGGAACACGGGUCUAGUCAUCGUCUUCGACUGCAUGGACGAAAUCGACGGAAACGAGGGUCUAGAGCGUAUAGGCAUACCAGGAAACUUCAACGCAGAACUUCGCCACUGCAUCGAUAUGCUCUCAUCUCUGCGCAACCAAAAGCCUCGCCCUGUCACCUUCGGGUUCGAGGAUGAGACGAGAGGCGUACCCAGCAACAUCACUCAUCUAUUUCGCUCGCUGAGCGGCCCGUUCCACGAACUCCGGCAGUUGGGAUUUGACAUCAAUGUCAGAUAUCAAACCAGCAGCGACUAUGACUGUGUAUGGGACAUGUCAGGAACGUACAAUACUCACAACCCUCACACGGACGAUGUUGAUAAGUGGACUCUGCGAGAUUGGAGCCUGAACUUCACGCGAGUGAACGAACAAUUCGAGGAAGCUCACUUGAUGGGCGAGACGUUCGUGUUCAAUCCAAAUGGGCCGCUUCGGGGGAGCUUUCGCAUCAAAAAGCAUGUAUGGGAGGCGAUGCGCAAGGAACUGUACCGCGCGUAUCCAGAAAUCGACAAGGUGGUGAAGUGGACGAAGAACGAGAGAGGUGGAACACUUCUUGCUACAUUUGCAAAGGCCUAG